AUGACUACGUUCACAAACGAACAAUUUGAGAGGCUGAUGCAAGCGGUGGGUCAAGUAAAUGAAAGGCCUGGCUCGUUUAGCCGCUGCACUGCUCGUUAUACUGGUGAGCGCAGCUCCGCGAAAGUUGAGGAGUUUAUUGCUGCUAUUAUGACUUUUAAAACAGUCGAAAAAAUAAGCGAUGCCGACGCAAUAAGCGGUAUGCCAAUGGUACUCGAGGGCGACGCAGCAGAAUGGUGGCGUGGCGUGAAGUCAAAAGCCAAUGCUUUUUCUGACGAAAUACGCAUGCUGCGUGAAGCGUUUUCCCCUCCGAAACCAUCUUGGCGUAUUUAUGUUGAGAUAUUCGAAUCAAAACAGCAGAAAAAUGAGGUAAGCCGACAGAGAGUUCAAGGUUUUGAUGACUUGCUAAAGGAAGCUAGAGAAGCUGAAUUAUACCUGCAAGAACGCAAAACGCAUGCUGUGAACACGGAUGAUACUCAAAAAUCGAGUGGUCCAGCGCGUUGCGGAUUUUGCCGCAAAAAGGGACAUAGUUCCGAAAUGUGUUUCAAAAAGAAAAACAGUGAAGCCCAGGAAGCGCAUGCCGCAAAGCUAGCGCAAGCACAAUCCCUAAGGCCUAAAUUCGCUUGCUAUGGUUGCAAUGCGCUGGGGGUAACUCGCGCGAACUGCCCCAAUUGCAUUAAAACAGAGGUAGCGAAACCAAACACAGUGAGCUUCAAUUCAUUAAAUGCUACAAAUGGUCAAGAAAUCCCAAGUUUCAACUCUUUGAAUUCAUUGAGUGCUACAAUUGGUCGAGAAAUACCAAUUGCUAAUAUACAAAUAUUUGGAGUACCGGGUCAAGCAUACUUUGACUCAGGAACGCGAACAAGUGUUGCUAGUGCUAACCUAAAACGCAUAAUGGAUUUUAAAGGCUAUGUGUUCAAGAGCGUUAGAUGUGAGAUAACUCUGGCCGAUGGCAGUACCUCCCUCGAAAGGUGCUUGUCAACAGUAUGUAAGAUAACCAUAGAUGGACGCACUCUGGACAUACAUUUCAUUGUUUUGCCAAAUGCGAAAAAUAAUAGAACCUUGGUUGGCGCAGAUUUCAUGGAACAGGCAGGGAUUGUUUUGAAUAUGGGUCAGCGUUAUUGGUAUUUCGAAAAUGAGCCAACAGAGCACUUUGAUUUUGCCGAUCCGCUACCGCUUGAAUUAAAUCUCGUUGAGAGAGUGAAAGUAAGCGACCCUAUUAGCAAACGAAAGCAAGAAGAUGAAUGGGUAAAGGAGGCAGUGCAAGCGAAAGUUUAUAUGUCCGAAUUUGAAUAUUAUGGAGCAGAAGUUCCGAAUACCUAUUCGCCGCAUUCGAUUCAGGACAUUUUUAGGGAUUCUAUUCCACCAAACGAGAUUACACCCGAAAGAAGUUAUGAAACUGAUGGGGCCGAGUUAACAGAAACUCAGAAAGCACAACUUAAUGAAACAUUACAAGCACAUCCUAGCAUUUUUGGUGCAUCACAUGAGCCUACUCCCUAUGCUCAACAUUUUAUAGACACUGGUAACCAUGAACCCGUUGCACUUCCACCAUAUCGGCUAUCCUUCCCAAAGCUUCAAGAGUUGAAGAGCGAAAUACAUAAAAUGACUGAGAACGAUAUUAUCGAAGAAUGUGAUUCAGCGUGGUCAUCACCGGUUGUUAUGGUACCAAAAAGGGAUGGAAGCACACGCGUCUGUGUAGAUUACCGGAGGUUGAACGCAAUAACGAAGCCCGACAGGUAUCCACUACCCCGUAUGGACGACUUGUUACAUGCCGCUAAAAGUACCAAGUUCAUGACAACUCUGGAUUUACAAUGUGGGUAUUUUCAAAUCGCUGUUGCGGAAAAAGACCGCGAUAAGACAUGUCUCAUUACGCCGUUUGGUACCUACCGCUUCAAGCGUAUGCCUUUCGGCCUUCGGAACGCUCCGGAAACAUUUCAACGCUUGAUUGACCGUUUUAAGACAGCGUUACCAAAUAUUCAAAUCCUUGCGUAUCUUGACGAUAAUAUUAUUUGCUCACAUUCAUUUCUAAAUCAUUUAAAAGACCUGCACAUAGUAUUUGAGAAGCUUGAAAAGUUCAAACUGGGCGUUAACAAUGCUAAAUGCCGUUUUUGCUGCGCCAGUGUGAAGUACCUUGGACAUGUUCUCACAGCCGAGGGUAUCAAAGUUGACCCAGAGAAAACGAUGACAAUUGCAGAACGAAGGGCGCCCCGAAACAUUAAAGAACUGGUGUCUUUUAUUCAAACUUGCUCGUGGUACCGGCGAUUUAUUGAUCAGUACGCGAAAAUUGCCAAGCCGGUUACAGACCUCACCAAGAAAAAUGCUGUUUGGCAAUGGCGCGAACCGCAGAUUGAAGCAUUCAAUAAACUAAAAGAAAUGCUGGUGAAUCCACCAAUCCUGAAGCAAGCCGAAGAUAACGUAUCCUUUAUGAUUAAAACUGAUGCAAGCGCGUAUGCACUAGGAGCAGUACUGCUGCAGGGGGAGAGAGACCAGGAGCAUCCUAUUGAGUAUGCAAGCCGUUUGUUGACUCCAGCUGAGCGUAACUACUCAACGACGUAA